AUGGCGGCCCCCCGCCCGUCUCCCGCGAUCUCCGUCUCGGUCUCGGCGCCGGCUUUUUACGCGCCGCAGAAGAAGUUCGCCCCGGUGGUGGCCCCAAAGCCCAAAGUGAACCCUUUCCGGCCCGGGGACGGCGAGCCGGUGCCGGCGGCCGGGGCCCAGCGCGCUCAGAUGGGCCGGGUGGGCGAGAUCCCGCCGCCGCCCCCGGAAGACCUUCCCUUACCACCUCCUCCCCUCCUUGGGGAUGGCGAGGACACGGAGGACACCCUGGGAGGUGCCUUCCCGCCGCCCCCUCCCCCAAUUGAGGAGUCUUUUCCCUCUGCACCUCUGGAGGAGGAGAUCUUCCCCUCCCCACCGCCUCCACUGGCGGAGGAGGGGGGCCCUGCGCCCCCACCACAGCCCAGGGAGAAGGUGAGCAGUAUUGAUCUGGAGAUAGACUCUUUGUCCUCCCUGCUGGAUGACAUGACCAGGAAUGAUCCCUUCAAAGCCCGGGUAUCAUCUGGAUAUGUACCCCCGCCUGUCUCCACUCCAUUCAUUUCCAAGACCAGUACUAAGUCUGCAGCUGCGGGCACAGCACCCCUGCCUCCUUGGAAGGCCCCUUCGGGCUCCCAGUCUGUGUCCCAGGCUCAGGCUCAGGCUCAGCAGCCUGUGAGCCAGGCACAGUUCCAUGUGCAGCCUCAUCCUCCGCCCCAGGCCAAGCCUCAGGUCCAGCUCCAUGUCCAGUCCCAGCCCCAGCCCCAGACUGUGCCUUUGGCUCACAGUCAGCCUCGAGGUCCCCCAGCCCCACCUCCAGCCCCUAAGUUUUCUCCAGUGGCUUCCAAGUUUACUCCUGUGGCUUCCAAGUUCAGCCCUGGAGCCCCAGGUGGACCCGGGCCACAGCCCAAUCAAAAGUUGGGGCCCCCUCAAGCUCCCUCUUCCACUGGCACCGGUUCCCCUCAGCCCCCCAGCUUCACCUAUGCUCAGCAGCGGGAGAAGCCCCGAGUGCAGGAGAAGCAGCACCCAGUGCCCACACCGGCUCAAAACCAAAACCAGGUGCGCUCCGCUGGGGCCCCCGGACCCCUGAGUCUGAAGGAGGUGGAGGAGCUGGAGCAGCUGACCCAGCAGCUCAUGCAGGACAUGGAGCAUCCUCAGAGGCAGAACGUGGCCGUCAGUGAAUCCUGUGGCCGGUGUCAGCAGCCCCUGGCGCGGGCGCAGCCUGCGGUGCGCGCUCUGGGACAGCUGUUCCACAUCCCCUGCUUCACCUGCCACCAGUGUGCGCAGCAGCUGCAGGGACAGCAGUUCUACAGCGUGGAGGGGGCCCCCUACUGCGAGGGCUGCUACACAGACACCCUGGAGAAAUGCAACACCUGCGGGCAGCCCAUCACGGACCGCAUGCUGAGGGCCACGGGCAAAGCCUACCACCCUCAGUGCUUCACCUGCGUGGUCUGCGCCUGCCCCUUAGAGGGCACCUCCUUCAUUGUGGACCAGGCCAACCGGCCCCACUGCGUCCCCGACUACCACAAGCAAUACGCGCCCAGGUGCUCUGUCUGUGCAGAGCCCAUCAUGCCCGAGCCCGGCCGGGAGGAGACUGUGCGAGUGGUGGCUCUGGACAAGAACUUCCACAUGAAGUGCUACAAGUGUGAGGACUGUGGGAAGGCUCUGUCCAUUGAGGCCGACGACAAUGGCUGCUUCCCCCUGGAUGGCCACGUGCUCUGCCGGAAGUGCCACACUGCCAGAGCCCAGACCUGA